GUGCUGGGAUUGUUUUACUUGAGUGUAUUCAUCAAACUGUGUUCAGACAAUGCUGAUUAGGUUCACAUAUCCAUUGCAUGGAAGGAAAUUGCAUAACGACAGUAACAUUCGAGUCAAGGUGUUUGGCCUGCUUGGAUGAGAGCAAUGGUAGCUGCUAGUAAACACGUUAGUUUCGACGAACUCUGCUCAGGACUUGGCUGUAAAGAUGUAUAUCACCCACGGACCCCAAGUUGUCUUGCAUCGGUGUGGGACAUGAAUCAGCGCAGUAUGAAAGGAUGCAUACAGUUGUUUGCUUCAGUGUAUGCGCUGCAGUUGAUACUGCACAGGCGUAAAAUUAACCGCGAAUAUUUGAAACACCAUGCGAAGAAUUACGCCCGCACCGUCUUAGCGGGAAAUUUAGCAAGCACCUUCUCGGUAAUCUUCUGUUGCACCUCAAGGAGACUGCUCGGCGGAUUUUAUCGCUAUACAGUACUGUUUCUGCCUACAAUGUUGAGUGCUUUUGCUGUAGUCUUGGAGCGACGGGAGAAAAAAGAAAUUUAUUUAUGUUCAUUAAUUACCAUGACUGUGGAGUAUGUGAUCCGCCAUCUUGCGCGAACCGGCAGGUUGCAGUUGACGAAACUAAGGAUGUGUGCUUCGUUUAUGCUUCUCAAUACUGCUGCGAUGUACCUCAUGCGAUGUAACAGCAUUGAAAUGUUGAGUGGCAUCAAUUACUGGCCCUUCAUUCCACCACGUGUAGAGAAGCGGUCCUGUAAGAGAAGAGAAGACAGUGAUCAGACCGAUUGCAAAACUUCCGUUUGUAAUCACAGUGGAUCUUGUUGGAGGCACGUUUUCCAGGAAGCCACCAAAUACCUACUUUUGGGAAUGGCCGUGCAAAUGCUGCGUGUCUUGUUGCCCCAGUUUCGAAGAGUGGUCGUCCAUCCGGCUGAACAACUUCAAAAUCUCUGCGUGCUAAAGAACUUCUCCCUCGCCAUGUUCUUCGGCAGCUACGUCGGAAUAUAUCACGCUGUUGUCUGCCUACUGUCCCAGCUCCGUGGUCAAGACUCGGAGGUUCAUGCAGUGCCAGCUGGCUUUCUUGCAGGGUCUGCCUUCUGGUUCUAUCCCAAGUUGACCACAUUACUCAUGGUCGGCACUACAGUCUUCCAGCAGCUGACAAAGCGCGGGCAAGCCCUCGGCGUUGUGCCCCGCUCAGACUUCCUUAUGAACUGCAUAUUCGCAUUUUUUCUCGGGGCUAUGUUUCAUUGCCGAAUAGUGGACCAGGAAAUAUGUCACCCCGUCUUCGUCAGCAUGAUGAAUGCGAUUUCUGGUGGCCGAGAUGAAGAAUGUCGAGCUGUUUACUUGAGACUUCGAGACAACUAUCAAAAGCGUUAAUUUUCUGUGAAAGAAUUUGGUGUGGUCUUAUAAGACGUAACAAAUUGUCGGAUCCAAAAACAGAUGACUGUGCGCGUUCAAGAAGUCAAGCCAAAAUGAGAUCUAAAAUGUUCUAUAAAUGUUUUUCUUCCUCUGUAAUUUAUUGUUACAUAGAGAGAUGAGUGUCAGGAAGUUGAAGGAAACUGCAUAAUGAGGAGCUUCAUAACUUGUACGUUUCUCCAAGUAGAACUGGAAUCAUCAAGUCAAGGAG